AACGAAGAUAAUUGGAAAGGUAAUAAACAAAAAGAACAUAAUACAUAUUUGAAAACUCUAGGUGUAAUAGUAGCAACUGGCUCGAACGAAGAACGAUCAUUAGGAACUUCUGUUCUAAAUAACUUUACAGUUAAGUGA